GCACGUGGCUGCCGAGAAGCCGCCCCGGGGGACAGCUGUCGGGGUUCGUGGGUGACCUUGAGCUCGUAACCCUCUGCUUCCUUGGAGUCCGCCAUGGUGUCGCCACAAAAAGGGGCAGAGCUGUCCCCGAUUCGGUGUCACGGGCGUUUAGGAUGGGAACUCUCUGAUGAGCCUGGCUCUGCCUUUUGGCCGCAUGUGCAGGUUCUCGGUGUUCCCGGAGGCAGGAGGCGGGUGAACGCGUGAGGUGCUCACGUUAGGAGUGUCGGGACAGGUAGACAGUCCCCACUACAAGACGGGAGGCAGCAUGAACUGGACUUCUGCUUUGCGAAACUUAUGGUCUGGAGGCUAAGAAAAGCUAUUUGGGUUAGGGCCGGCUUUUGCUUUUAGGAAAUUACGGGUACAGCUAACGAGCUGUGCUGUACUGAUAAAUUACUAGAGGGCCAUUGUGUCACUGUUUCGGCGCACGCACUCAAAGGUAGUUGGGAGGAGGGGAGUAAGAAUAUCUUGUAAUGUGACUCUUUGGUGAACAUGUUCCCUCUUGCCUACUGCUUGUAGUGACCUUGGGCAUGUCACUUGUCCAGGAAACUUAAUUCCUUUUUUUUUUUUUCCUCCCGUAAGAGAAUUGAAAGAGGAAAUAGUUGUCCAGUUACAGAAACAUUUGGAUACCUGAUGCCUUCAUUCUAAGUUUAGAUUUGAGUUUGGAAUACUAGAUGCUGAUUCAGUUGUCUCUGAGCUGGGAAGCUUGACCUCUUUGACAAAGACAUUUUGGUUGAUCGAUUUCCAGAAGUUGUUUUCUGCUGUGACAAUUCAGGUUACUGUAGUUAGUUGCCAGUUCCCACUCAUGGCCACCCCACGUGUGCAGAAUACAACUGCUCCAUAGGGUUUUCGGAAACCCUGGUGGUGUAGUGGUUAAGUGCUACGGCUGCUAACCAAAAGGUCAGCAGUUCGAAUCCACCAGGUGCUCCUUGGAAACUCUAUGGGGCGGUUCUGCUCUGUCCUACAGGGCUGCUAUGAGUCGGAAUCGACUCGAUGGCAAUGCAUGUAGGGUUUUCAAGGCUGUGACCUUUCAGAAGUUGAUCACCAGGCCUGUUUCUGGGUGUGUUCAAACGACCAGCCUUUUGGCUGGUAGUCAAGCCACUUAACCGUUUGCACCACAAAGUACUGGUCAGCCCUGCUGCUAUUGUUUUUUUUUUUUCCCCCCUGCUAUUUGUUUUUCCCACUCAGUUACUCAUUAUGGUUCACAAGAAAAUCCAGAAUUUAAAAAAUUUUGUGACCGAUGUGAAAUAUUUUCAAAGGGCUAUACAUUGCACCCUUUAACUUUUCUUUGAUGGAAUGUUCUGGUCGAGUAAUGGUGCUGGUGAACCUAGUCUAUGCUGCAGGUUGUUGGAUAGAGAAGUGUGCACUUGGCUAAUUCUGCCCUAAGGCGUGGCAGUUAUUUGCCUCUGAUAAUGUAUUUAUCUUGAAUGGAGCAAGGUCCCCAGCUAAACCUAAUCAAACAACAAUGAAAGCUGGUUAAAAAUGACCUUCUGAGGCCUUGUGGGACUCCUCUGGAUGUGUGCCUGUUGUCUGUUUUCCCAGAUUAGCACAACACAAAUAGGCUGCAGUGACUUAAGUGGUUCUGACUUAUAAGUUGGACAGUAUCUUUUCAGAAAAUUCUGUGGAAAUGAAGAGCCUGUUGACUUUCUUUGAUGUCCUUCACUGCCGUUUCAUUUUAGGCCCAUAAAGUUGGACUCUUAUAGCUAGGUUCCUCUGUGUGGCAGCUCAGAAUGAUGGAUCAAGCCAGAUCGGCAUUCUCUAACUUGUUCAGUGGACAAUCAUUGUCGUAUACCCGAUUUAGUCUGGCCCGGCAAGUAGAUGGCAGCAACAGUCAUGUGGAGAUGAAAAUAGCUGCAGAUGAAGAAGAAAAUGCUGACAAUACCAUGGGGAGUAACCCUGCCAACGUCACAAAACCAAGGAGGCUUAAUAGCAGUAUCUGCUACGGUGUUAUUGCUAUAAUCAUCUUUUUCUUGAUUGGAUUUAUGAUUGGCUACUUGGGCUAUUGUAAGCGAGCAGAACCAAAAGCUGGGUGUGAGGGAGAGUCAGCAACAGCGCCUUCAGCGACAGAGGACCCAGAAGCUCCUGAGGCAGAUGAAUUUCCUGAGGCACCUUCUUACUUAUUUUGGGGAGACCUCAAAAAAAUUUUGUCACAGAAACUGAAUACCGCAGAGUUUGCCAGCACCAUCAAGCGGCUGAGUGAAAGUCCCUAUGUCCCCCGUGAGGCUGGAUCUGAAAAAGAUGAAAACCUUGGAUAUUUUAUUGAAAAUCGAUUCCGUGAAUUUAAACUCAGUAAAGUCUGGCGUGACGAACAUUAUGUUAAGACUCAGGUCAAAGGCAGUGUUGAAAACUCAGUGAGCAUAGUAGCUGGGAACGGGACCAUUGUAUCCUUGGUGGAGCAUCCUAAGGGUUACGUGGCGUAUAGUAAGCCUGCAACAGUUACUGGUAAACUGGUGCAUGCUAAUUUUGGCACUAUAACAGACUUCGAGAAUUUAAACUCUCCUGUGGAUGGAUCUUUAGUGAUUGUUAGAGCAGGGAAAAUUACUUUUGCUGAAAAGACUGCAAAUGCUGAAAGCUUUAAUGCAACUGGUGUCUUGAUAUACAUGGACCAAGCUGACUUCCCCGUUGUUGAGGCGGAUCUCCCAGUCUUUGGACAUGCUCAUCUGGGAACAGGUGAUCCUUAUACACCUGGAUUCCCCUCCUUCAAUCACACUCAGUUUCCACCAGCUCAGUCAUCAGGAUUGCCUAAUAUACCUGUACAAACAAUUUCCAGAUCUGGGGCAGAACAGCUGUUUGAUCCUAAAAAUAUGGAACAGCUCUGUCCUGGUACUUGGAAAACAAAGUCUUUAUGUAAGAUGCGGUCCGUAGAAGGUAGGAACGUGAAACUCACUGUCAACAAUGUGCUGAAAGAGGCAAGAAUUCUGAACAUCUUUGGCGUUAUCAAAGGCUUUGAGGAACCAGACCGCUACGUUGUAGUCGGAGCACAGAGGGAUGCCUGGGGUACCGGAGCGGCAAAGUCCGGUGUAGGAACAGCUCUUCUCUUAGAACUUGCACGGAUAUUCUCAGAUAUGGUCUUGAAAGAUGGAUUUAAACCCAGCAGAAGUAUCGUCUUUGCCAGCUGGAGUGCUGGAGAGUUUGGAGCUGUUGGUGCCACUGAAUGGCUAGAGGGAUACCUUUCAACCUUGCAUCUGAAGGCGUUUACUUACAUUAAUCUGGAUAAAGCUGUUCUUGGUACCAGCAACUUCAAGGUCUCUGCCAGCCCACUGUUGUAUUUGCUUAUUGAGAAAACGAUGCAAGAUGUGAAACAUCCAAUUAGUGGUCAGUCUCUCUAUCAGGACAGCAACUGGGCGAACAAAGUUGAGAAGCUUUCUUAUGAUGAUGCUGCUUUCCCUUUCCUUGCAUAUUCUGGAAUUCCAGCACUUUCUUUUUGUUUUUGUGAGGACAACGAUUAUCCUUAUUUGGGUACCCAAAAGGACACCUAUGAGGUACUGGUUGAGAGAAUCCCUCAGCUGGACAAAAUGGCACGUACAGCAGCAGAGGUGGCUGGUCAGCUUGUGAUUAGACUUACCCUUGGCCUUGAAUUGGACCUCGACUAUGAGAGGUAUAACGACAAAAUGCUUUCAUUCCUGAAGGAUAUAAACCAAUUCAGGACAGACGUAAAGGAAAUGGGUCUGAACCUACAGUGGCUGUAUUCUGCGCGUGGGGACUUCUUCCGUGCUACUUCCAGGCUCACGACAGAUUUCAAGAAUGCUGAGAGAACAAACAAGAUUAUCAUGAGGGAAAUGAAUGAUCGUAUCAUGAAAGUGGAGUAUCACUUCCUCUCACCCUACGUGUCUCCAAAGGAUUAUCCCUUCCGACAUAUCUUCUGGGGCUCUGGCUCUCACACUCUGUCGGCUUUACUGGAGAACUUGGAGCUGCGUCAGAAAAACAGGGCUGCUUUUAACGAAACGCUGUUGCGAAACCAGCUGGCCCUCACUACUUGGACUAUUCAGGGUGCCGCAAAUGCUCUGACUGGGGACAUCUGGGACAUUGACAAUGAGUUUUAGAAUAUAAUACCCAUAACUUAUGUAAGAACAGCAGGGCAGUCUGGUUUCUAGACUUACGCUGGUCAUGUUAAAUUUUUAGUAGGGCUACAAAACUAAUUUUAAGAUUCUACCCAGUCAUCUCGGUACUACUAGGUCUCUCUAGGCAGCAGCUUUUAAUACAGGGUAGGUACCUGCACUUCAAGUUAAAGUGAAUAACCACUUUAAAAAUGUUCAUGGUAGAAUAUCUUCUCUUGAUUAUUUCUAGAUUUUAUGAGCUUUUUAUCGGUAACUGCCUCUUUCCUGUUACAGUUAUGAAAAAGUCAGAACCAGUUGGGUGAACUAUUUAUUGCUCUAAAUCUUAAGGGCAUGCAUGAGCUAGUGUCUUUUGAGGUGGGAGGAGGGAAGUGGUCACUGCUAAAGGUUCCAGGUGGUAGCUUGGUAUGAUCCUCCAUCUUCAUUUGAUGCUAGAUAGGAGAUACUAGGGUGUAAGACCUAUUCUCCAAACGAGAUAGAUGCCUUUCUACAAGAAUUUAACUGGUUUCCACAUCCCUGUAUGAAACAGUUAACCAUCAGAAGAAACGGGACUUCUUUUCUUGCCAGCAAGGUCUGAAGUACAGGUUCUUCAGCUGAAUAAAACGGGGUUCAACUGUUUGUCAUGGGAGGAAGGCCUUAAUAUGUUACUCUCAAGGUUACAAAAAGAGUCCAAAAGCCAAAAACUUAGUAUAUUUUCUUAUCAUCUGCCCCUAGCCCCCUAAACUUUUCUUUUAGCCUUUAUGUUUUCCUAAGUAUUUUGAAAGAGAACCAGUUUUAGGUGUUUGAUUUCAGACUCAGUUUGUCAGACUUUAAAGAACACGCUGCCAGUUUCUGGCCAAAGUGUUAAUCUUGUGAAAAAGCUUUCUAUCAUUUUGGCACUGAGAUAUUUAUUGUUUAUUUAUCAGUGACAGAGUUCACUAUAAAUGGUGUUUUUUUUUUUUUUUUUAAUAGAAGAUAAUUAUCGGAAGCAGUGCCUUCCAUAAUUAUGACAGUUAUACUGUCGGUUUUUUUUUUUAAUAAAAGCAGCAUCUGCUAAUAAAACCCAACAGAUACUGGAAGUUUUGCAUUUGUGGUCAACACUCGAGGGUUUUAGAAAACAGCCGCAAGCCAGAUAAAAUAUUGGGGCAUCUUAAUACCCCUAAAGCUAGAUAUUGGGGAAGAAUUAAACAGGGUUGCUAAUCAAGUUAGACUUCUAUUUAGCUGACCAAAUAAAACUGAUCAUUAUAAAUGCAAUGAAUUGAGGCUAACUUGUAAAUAAAUGUCACCUCAAGGCUGUGGUAGGACUCUUUUGUGUAAAAUUUUAUGCUCAAUUUAUCUAAGGUGUAACUUUAAUUUUGCAAAAUUUCCAGUACCUUUGUCAGAAACCUAAGUCACAUUAUCGGGAGCAGUGUCUUCCAUAAUGUAUAAAGAACAAGGUAGUUUUUGCCUACCACAGUGUCUAUACCGGAGACCGCGUUCUCCAUGUUACACUAAGGGUGUACGUAAUUAUCGGGAACAGUGUUUCCCAUAAUUUUCUUCAUGCAAUGACAUCUUCAAAGCUUGAAGAUCGUUAGUAUCUAACAUGUAUUCCCAGCUCCCUGUAAUUCUCUUUUAGUUUUAGUUGCAGAAAUAUUUUGCGGUCGGUCAUUAAGCAUUUGUUGAGUAAAUUCAAACGACUGUAGGAUAAAAUUACUCCCUUCAAGAUUUUUUUUUUUUUUUCUAAACCUAAUGGUGUUUUGUUAUAUUUGUGGUUUCUCGGGGUCUUCUGUAUAGCGGGACAGUAGCAUACAUUAAUAAUGUUUUGCUGUUGACAAAUGAAUUUAACUUUUCCCCUUAUUUGCAUGUAUUUCCUAUAAGCUUAGUUCCGAUAAGCUUGAAUCCAGAAUUGACCCUUUGGCUUAAGGCACGGGGAACUUGUCUCAGAGAUUUGGGGGUGGGGGUGGGGUGAAGAUUGAGGGGUGGGUGGCAAAGUUUGUAAGAGGGUCUUUGAUCAUGUCUGCCUACCCAUUAGUAUGCGGUGGUCAUAAGGUAAAUUUAGAUGUGAAGAAGUAAGUUUGAGGCUACCUGAGUAAAGACUAUUUUCUAGUUAUCCCUCAUGGUGAAGAAAGCUGAUAAUCAGCUGUUUAUCAUAGGGCAAUUCAAAACUGCCACCUAAGAAAAAGUCCAUAGGGUCUCUUAAGGUUCUUAAACUUAGAGUCACUUACCCAAGUUAAAGUAGAUUCUAGAUUAUUACAACCUCGCCGCAUUGCUUCAGUACUCACGAUGUGUCUAACCUUCAGUGUUUUUUCCUAGACUGCUGUUGAGUGUAGCUAAGUGAAAAGGUCAAAGCUAGGACUCCUGGGUUUCUGGGUAUCAUGUAUACACACUUUAAUGAAAGCUCAGUGACUUGAAUGCGUAUGAAGAAUAAUGGGCAUAUAUUUUACAGCAGUAAAUUUCUUCCAGAACCCCUUUUCUAUGGUUAGGGUUGAGUUUAAUCAAAGAAGCCAGUAAGUGGCAAGAAGUUUAAUGUACAGGAAUGAAACGUGUGUAUCCAACUAGUGAUAACCUGCUAGUUUUUCUGGCCAGAGAUGUUAUGUGCAUUUUGAAGGUAAAGGAUAAAUUGAGUGAGCUCUGUCACGGUUCACUAUUAGGACUUGUGUGACCUUCAUUGUCCAGUGUUUGUUCUUUGAAUGUUCUAGAACUUUUAGCUGGUUAAAGAUGGCUUAAUAGACUUGCCGGCCUACUACUCAGCUGUAUCUUUGUACACAAGCGAUAUGCCCUUGAAAUUGUACACAAGUUGGCAUGUGCAACAAUGUGGAAAUUCCUUAUCUGACUUAAUAAAAUGCUUCAACACUGA